CUCAGGGGAGGCGGGCCUCACGGCGUCGUAGCUCAAAGGUACGGGUGCCAAGUUGACCGGGCCCGGGGAUGUGUCUCCUGCUGGGGGCUGCGGGAGUCGGGAAGACCCUGCUGGUGAAACGCCUGCAGAAGCUGAGCUCGGAUGGCGGGGGCGACCUGGGGGAGCCUCCGCCUACGCGGCCCACGGUGGGCACCAACCUCACUGACAUCGUGGCCCACAGGAAGAUCACCAUCCGAGAGCUCGGGGGUUGCAUGAGCCCCAUCUGGUCCAGUUACUAUGGAAACUGCCAUUCGCUCCUGUUCAUGAUGGAUGCCUCUAACCCCACCCAGCUCUCGGCAUCCUGCAUGCAGCUCCUGGGUCUCCUUUCUGCAGAAGAACUUUCAAAAGCCUCGGUCCUGAUACUCUUCAAUAAAAUUGACCUUCCCUGUUACAUGACCAUGGAGGAAAUAAAGUCAUUAAUCAGGCUUCCAGACAUCACUGCUUGUGCCAAGCAGAACAUCACCACAGCAGAAGUAAGUGCCAGGAACGGCACUGGCUUGGCAACGGUACUGCUCUGGCUCCAGGAGCAACACAAAUGCAGUAGCUGACUGCAAGAUGGAGAAUUAUGGCCGACCCACCCAGUGCCUAGGUGACCAAGAGUGACAGGCGGCCUCUGAAGGUCUGUUCUGAGAGAAGCAGACCCACCCAGUGCAUCCCUAAGUGAUAGGGACCUUGGAAGUGACGGGUAAACAAGCAUACGCUGUACAGACUACUGUCACCUUGCCUCUGAAGAAUGUCCCCAAGACUGGGAGAGGACAGAACUGUAGGUGGCUGGAUGUCUUCUUACCAUUCUAGAUAAAAGUGCUGCUGGGACUCCCACCAGGAAACUCUAGACCUAUGCCUGAGGGCUUUGGACUGUACUGCUCCACUGAGACCAGUACAAGCUCUGCCCUUCUGAGUUUGAUAUCCUGACCAUGUUGUCCAGAAAAAAAUAUAAAGUUCAUGAAGUGA